ACAGCUUCCCAAGACCGGCCUGCACCUCGGGGUGCACCGCAGCACCCACCCAGCAUGCUGGCCAACGCCACGGCCAAGCCGCUGUGCCCGCUGCUGGAGCAGAUGAGCCAGCUGCAGAGCCACCGCAACUCCAGCAUCCGCUACAUGGACCACGCCGCCGUGCUGCUGCACGGGCUGGCCGGGCUGCUGGGCCUGGUGGAGAACGGCCUCAUCCUCUUCGUGGUGGGCUGCCGCAUGCGCCAGACGGUGGUCACCACGUGGGUGCUGCACCUGUCGCUGUCCGACCUGCUGGCCACCGCCUCGCUGCCCUUCUUCACCUACUUCCUGGCCGUGGGCCACUCGUGGGAGCUGGGCACGGCCUUCUGCAAGGUGCACUCGUCCGUCUUCUUCCUCAACAUGUUCGCCAGCGGCUUCCUGCUCAGCGCCAUCAGCCUGGACCGCUGCCUGCAGGUGGUGCGGCCCGUGUGGGCUCAGAACCACCGCUCGGUGGCCGCGGCGCACCGCCUGUGCCUGGGGCUCUGGGCGCUGGCGCUGCUCAACACGCUGCCCUACUUCCUGUUUCGGGACACGAUCCCGCGGCGCGACGGCCGCAUCAUGUGCUACUACAACGUGCUGCUCUGGAGCGCGGGCCGCGAGCGCAACGCCACGUGCGCCGGGCGCCAGACGGGGCUGGCGGUCAGCAAGUUCCUGCUGGCCUUCGUGCUGCCCCUGGCGAUCAUCGCCUGCAGCCACGUGGCCGUGAGCCUGCAGCUGCGCCACCGCGGCCGCCGGCGCUCCAGCCGCUUCGUGCGCCUGGUGGCCGCCGUGGUGGUGGCCUUCGUGCUGUGCUGGGGCCCCUACCACGUCUUCAGCCUGCUGGAGGCGGCGGCGCACGGCCGGCGGGAGCUGCGGCCGCUGGUGUGGCGCGGCCUGCCCUUCGUCUCCAGCCUGGCCUUCUUCAACAGCGUGCUCAACCCGCUGCUCUACGUCUUCACCUGCCCCGACGUGCUGCGCAAACUGCGGCGCUCGCUGCGCAGCGUGCUCGAGAGCGUGCUCGUGGACGACAGCGACCUGGGCGGCCCGGGCAGCGCGCGCCGCCGCCGCGCCUCCUCCUCCUCGGGCGCCGCCCCCCUCGCGCCCGGCGCGCGCCGCCCGUCCGCGCUCCCCGAGCUCCCGGCCGCGCGCCUGCUGCGCUGGCUGCGGGGAGGCCGCGGCGCGUCCCCGAGCCGGGCCCGCGCGCGCUCGCAGGACGAGACGAGCCCCCUGGGCCGCGCGCUCAGAGUCACCUCCGAGUAGCCGGUGUGCCUCCGCCACCCCGCAGGCCCGGCUGAGUGCCUCGGUUGGGCACCUCGUGCAAGUGAAGGUGCUAGGAUCCAGCUGGCAGUUGCAGUAAGGGGGUCAAACCCCCUUGAGACUUGCUUAAAAAAAAAAAAAAAAAAGGGCUAUUGGAGGCCGGGUGGUGGCGCACCGUGCUAAGCGCACGCAUCACUAUGCAUGCUCAAGGACUUGGGUUUGGGGCCACCCUAAUCCCCGCUCGCCACCUGCAGGGGGGAAAACUUCACGAGUGGUGAAGCAGGUCUGCAGGUGUCUCUCGCUCUCAAACCUCCCCCUCCCCUGACAAUUUCUCUCUCUGCCCUGUCAAAUAGAAAAAAAAAAAAAAAAAGGAAAAACGGCGGCUGGGAGUGGUGGAUUCGUAGUGCAGGCACCAAGUCCCUGAGAUAACCCUUGUGGGGAAAAAAAAAAAAAAAACUAGGGGAGUGGACUCCUCCAGGAAUCAGGUCUGCCAAUAGAGUCAGGGUGAGGUGUGGCUGGGGCGGGGGCUUCCUACACGGAGCCAGUGAGACUUUAGGGACACAGGACAGUGGAAACGCUUUGAGGAGCAUCUGGCCUCUUCACUGAGCCAAUACGGAGCUCUGAUUCCCUGCUCAGAGCAAACUUUCUCAGGUAAGAGACAGAUGCAGAGGGAGAGACACCCUGGCAUGGCUGUUUCUCCAGUGUGGUGGGGCAGGAGGCAGCUUGAAUCUGAUAGGGGAGGUGCACUAUCCACUUGAGCUAUUAUUUUGCCACCAGGCUUACUGUUGGGACUCUCUGGGCUCCACAGCUCCUGGUGGCUGUUUCUGUCGCCUUUUCUUUUUGAUAGGAGAGACAGACUUGCCUGCAGCACUGCCCACAGUGCAUGAUGAAGCUUCCCCCUUGCAGGUGGGGAUGAGGGGCUUGAACUCAAGUCUCCAUGUGUGGGUGGUAAUGUGUGUUUUACUGGGUGACCCACCCCUGGGUCUCCCAAGUGAGCUGUCUUGCUAGCCCUUGAGCUUGACCUUUCACCCCUCAAUCUGGCAGCCGGGCUCUUGAGAGCUGAAGUGUUGACAGCAAAUGCAGUCGACUCCACCACUAGCCUUGAGGCCACUGGUGUUCAUAUGGGGGAUGGAGCGAGGGUUCCCCACUCCUGUGGGAGACCCGGACUGACCCAAGAGCAGCAGCCAUUGAGCCUGAGGCCCCCUCAGCCUCCCAGGCCGCAGCACGGGACUGAUACACUCACAGUUCUGGGGGGUGUCUGCAGGGUACGCCCUGCAUCUCUGUAGCACCCACUUCCUGGCCACAUGGGCCGGGCAGCUCCUGGGUCUGUCUGCCUUGGGGCUGCCAGGGGCUUAUUUUCUUGCCCACUGUGGCCUCAAGGAUUGCUUUGCUGUGUCCCCACUUGUUGGUAUGCAUGAGACCCCUUCUGUUUCAUUUGGUUUAAAUCCCCCCUGCUUAACACUAUUCUAUUUACAUAACCACUUCAUUCUAUUUAUAUAA